AACUGCACGCCCCCUAGUCGAGGUCUCGCCGAUAAGCUGUUAGUCCUGUUGGCACGCGCACUGUGAAGGGGCAGGUGUGUUCUGCGGGAAAUCGUUCUCUCCUUGCCACGAAGUAAAACUUGUUCUGCACGGACGUCUGUCUCAAGUGUCAACACACAAUGCUGUGGAUAGCCAGUCGGCUCACGAGGAAAUUCUCCACAAGUAGCAUCUAUUACCAGAAUAAGCUAAAGCUAGCAUUGAUUGGCCAAAGUUUAUUUGGACAGGAGGUAUACAGCCAGCUUCGAAAGGAUGGCCAUAAAAUAGUAGGAGUUUUCACAGUCCCUGAUAAAGAUGGCAAAGCAGAUCCUUUGGCUACAGCUGCAGAGAAAGAUGGGACACCAGUGUUCAAAUUCCCUCGGUGGAGAGUUAAAGGAAAGCCAAUUCCAGAAGUUGUUGAUGCUUAUAAGUCUGUUGGAGCAGAGCUUAAUGUUCUCCCAUUUUGUAGCCAAUUUAUCCCCAUGAAUGUAAUCGAUAAUCCAAAGCAUGGAUCCAUUAUUUACCAUCCUUCUUUACUGCCUCGACACAGGGGAGCUUCUGCAAUAAACUGGACACUGAUUCAUGGAGAUAAGAGUGCAGGAUUUUCCAUAUUUUGGGCUGAUGAUGGACUAGACACAGGACCACUCCUACUGCAAAAAGAAUGCCCAGCUGAGCCCAAUGAUACAGUAGACACUUUAUACAAUCGCUUUUUAUUUCCUGAAGGAAUCAAAGGCAUGGUGGAAGCUGUCCAACUUAUUGCAGAUGGUAAAGCACCUCGUGUACCACAGCCAAAGGAAGGGGCUACAUAUGAAGGAAUUCAAAAGAAAUCAAAUGCAAAGAUUUCCUGGGAUAUGUCAGCAUCAGCCAUUCAUAAUUGGAUUCGGGGACAUGACAAAGUACCAGGGGCAUGGACGGUCAUUAAUGGUCAGGCAGUGACCCUGUAUGGUUCUUCUCUUCUUGAUGCACCAGUGCCUUCAGGACAACCACUUGAGAUUGAAGGAGCUCCACAACCUGGACUCAUUACUAACAAUGGUCUAGUUCUUUUUGGCUGUGACGGGAAACCACUUGUAGUAAGAAAUCUUCAGUUUGAUGAUGGCAAAAUGAUUCCAGCUGCCAAAUACUUUUCCACUGGAGAAACUACCACUUUGACGCUUACUGAAGAGGAGAUGAAGACAGCUGAACAAAUCAAGGUUAUCUGGAAAGGAAUUUUAACUAAUGUUCCCAAAAUAGAGGACUCCACAGAUUUUUUCAAGUCUGGAGCAGCCUCUAUGGAUGUUGUAAGAUUAGUUGAGGAGAUUAAGGAGAAAUGUAAUGGAUUGCAGCUUCAAAAUGAAGAUGUCUAUAUGGCUACUACAUAUGAGGAGUUUAUUCAGAUGGUGGUACGGAAGCUUCGGGGAGAAGACAAGGAGGAAGAAAUCAUCAUUGAUCAUGUGACAAAAAAUGUAAAUAAUUUGACUGUGAAGAUGCCUUAUCAAUGCUUUAUCAACGGAAGAUUUGUGGAUUCUGAGAAUGGAAAGACAUAUGACACUGUAAACCCCACAGAUGGAUCUGUCAUUUGCAAAGUAUCCUAUGCCUCAGUUGCAGAUGUUGACAAAGCAGUUGCAGCAGCCAAGGAUGCAUUUGAAACUGGACCAUGGGGCAGUAUGAAUGCUAGAGACAGAGGAAGACUUUUAUAUAAGCUUGCAGACCUAAUGGAGGAACACCAAGAGGAGCUGGCUACUAUUGAGUCAAUUGACUCAGGUGCAGUGUACACACUUGCCCUUAAGACACAUGUGGGAAUGUCUGUCCAGACUUUCCGUUAUUUUGCUGGAUGGUGUGACAAAAUCCAGGGCACAACCAUACCAAUUAACCAGGCUCGUCCUAAUCAUAAUCUUACAUUCACUAAAAAGGAACCUUUAGGUGUUUGUGCCAUUGUAAUUCCUUGGAAUUAUCCCCUGAUGAUGCUAGCUUGGAAGAGUGCUGCCUGCUUAGCAGCUGGCAAUACACUUGUACUGAAACCUGCUCAGGUUACACCUUUGACAGCUCUGAAGUUUGCUGAAUUGUCUGUACGGGCCGGAAUCCCAAAGGGUGUCAUAAACAUUGUGCCGGGCUCAGGUGGUCUCGUAGGCCAGCGCAUGUCAGAGCAUCCAGAUAUCCGCAAACUUGGCUUCACAGGAUCCACCCCUAUUGGAAAACAGAUUAUGAAAAGCUGUGCUGUGAGCAAUCUAAAGAAAGUAUCCCUGGAGCUAGGAGGCAAGUCUCCACUAAUAAUCUUUAAUGACUGUGACCUUGACAAGGCUGUACGAAUGGGAAUGGGAGCAGUAUAUUUUAACAAAGGAGAAAACUGCAUUGCUGCUGGACGGCUGUUUGUUGAAGAGUCUGUGCAUGAUGAAUUUGUGAGGAGAGUGGUGGAAGAAAUUAAGAAAAUGAGAAUUGGAGACCCUUUAGAGCGUUCAACAGAUCAUGGGCCCCAAAACCACAAAGCUCAUAUGGAAAAACUGUUAGAAUAUUGUGAAAUUGGAAAAAAGGAAGGAGCAACUCUUGUUUAUGGAGGCCGGCAGGUUCCAAGACCAGGGUUUUUCAUGGAACCAACAGUGUUUACUGAUGUGGAGGAUCACAUGUACAUUGCCAAAGAGGAGUCCUUUGGACCUGUAAUGGUGAUUUCCAAGUUUAAAGACGGAGAUAUGGAGGGAGUCCUACAAAGGGCAAAUGAUACAGAGUUUGGCUUAGCAUCUGGCGUCUUCACUAGAGACAUCAGCAAAGCCAUGUACAUCAGCGAGCGGCUGGAGGCCGGAACCGUCUUCAUUAACACUUACAACAAGACAGAUGUAGCAGCUCCCUUUGGAGGGUUCAAACAAUCCGGCUUUGGGAAAGAUCUCGGGGAAGAAGCGCUUCAUGAAUACCUCAGGACUAAAGCUGUGACAGUAGAAUACUGAGAAGUACAUUUGGAUGGCUGCUACUUUUAAAGGACAAUCCUCUUGGGAACUGAAUUCUCUCUUGGGCACCAUCUUUCAGUUACACAACUGUUCCUGGCAGACUGCAAAGAAGAGAAACCGUCCAAAACGGGACUUCAAGCAAAACAAAUGACACUUGACAGAACCACUGUUACUGUUACUUUCAUGUGCCUAACAAAUCUGACUUCUUUAUCUUGCAGGGCAAAGGAGGAGUGGGGGGUUAGAGAAAGAACAGAGGCUUCAACCCUGCAAAUGCCAGCAAACCAUGUAAUGGCGUGAUGUUAUUUCAGCGUCUUCAUUUCUGAUUCAUUUAUAAAGUGCAAAAAUCGAAGGACGGGUCACUGGUUUAUAUAAUUGCAUACCUCUAUUCCUAAAAUUUCUUUAUAUUUUGACAUAAUACAGCACAUACAAUAUGUUCUCAUGUCAUAAACCACUAUGGAAAGCAACACUCCUUAGGCCUGGCUGCAAACAGAGUGGCAAGUGCAGGUCCUUCUUCUUAGUGUGCCAUUGUUUUUGUAUCCAUUUAAGUCUUUGUUGUUAGACUGCACUUAAGUCAUUAGCCUUCAAGGUUUUUUUUGUGCUUGCUAGAUAUUUUACUUAUAAUAAAAUAAAAUCACAGCCCAAGCAGUACACACAAAGUAAAUUGCAAUUAUUAUGACAGUUCAUUUUAACAUUCAAAAUGUUUGGUUUUUUUUACCCAAAAUUUUAAACAUUACAAUUGAGAAAUACACAAAUAAUUGAGCACUAGUACUUUGCUCAUUUUUGUCUUGUAUUACUGCAUAAAGUAUAUAAUAUUGCAUUGCGUAAAUAGUGUUCAGAUUAUGACACAGUAAAAAUCACACAAAAAUAAGCUCGACAUGGUUAGUAGCGUCUUGUGUUUUCAGUUUAUGGAAACGCAACAAAACUCUCAAUUUGGAACCCUUUUGAAAGAUUUUUUUCUUAUAUUAAUGGAAUGGUGGUUGGCCUGUAUUAUAUAUUGUUUGAAACAAUAAGACAUAUUGUCUCUAAAUAAUAUAUAUAUAUAUAUAUUUAUUUUUUUCUCUAUGCAAAUUUAUAAAUUUUUAGUACAAAUAAUGCUUCCUAUAUUAUUUUAAUGUCUAUUUACCUUUUUGAUGUUCUGCCAUGGCUUUUUUUUUUCUUAUUUAGAAAUGUUGGUUUCUUUAUCAUUUAAAUCAAUGUUUUGAACAGCCCAUCAUGUAUUUUAAUGUUGACACGUUUUAACUUCGGAUGGCUAGCACUUUUAUUGAAUUGAACAAAAGAGGAAAUGUGAACACAACAUCAAAUUUAAAAUUAAGUAACAGAUGUUAUGUAUUGAUAUUACAGUGUACAUUUUUCUCCCUCUCAAAAUAAAUUAAAUAAUAAAUA